AUGAAUGACGGAGUAUCUAUCCUUGUCGCAGUAUUCCUGAUUCUUUUUGCCCUGCGAUGGAUGCUUGGUGGUGCACAGCCGUCGAUUGGGCAGCAAGGACAGCGUCGACCAACAUCUAGACGUAUGCAACACCGUGUGACGCCUCAAAUGGUCGAAAUGGUGCGCGCCAUGUUUCCAGAUAUCCCUAUACCCGCCAUCGUGGCCGAUUUACAACGAACAGGAUCCGUCGAAACGACUGUGGAUAAUGCGUUGCGUGAUGGAGGAUUGCCUUUGUGGGUUAACAUGCGUCGACAGCCUUCUGUUCCUAGCUCUUCAGGUUCAUCGACACCGGGAGCGAAUGGUGGUGAUUCGGGAUCAUCAACGGGUGCAUCUACCAAGUCAGCAAGCCAUUUAAACUUGAUGCAACGAUACAAGUUGGAUACAAAGGAUGUUGAUAGUGAAGCUUUGGCCGAGCCUCCGAAAGUGUGGGAAUCUAGCCCUGAAAAGCGAGAAGAAAUGCUCAGGAAGCGUAAAGAGUUCAUGGUGCUACAGGCGAGAAAGAAAUUGCAAGAGCAGCAACAGAAAGCCAAAGCCGAGGCAAACGCCAAUAAGGGAAACGAACACAAUAAUGGAUCCUCAGAAGGUAGUCGCUUGGCAGCAGAUUCUGGUGAAAAAUCAGUAGAAGAAGUGAAAUCAGUUGCUCCCGAGCAAAUAUCACAGCAUAUGCUGCAGGCAUGA